UCCUGUUCUUACUUCACUUCCAAUGCCUUACCUCUCAAACUGGUGUUCAAGAGUACCAACAUCAAGGCUGAGCCCAUAUAUGUUAUGUUCAAGGUUGGGGAUGACCUCCGACAGGACAUGCUGACCAUGCAGAUGGUCAAGAUAAUGGACAGACUGUGGCUUAGGGCUGGACUUGACCUCAAAAUGAUCACAUUUGCUUGUCUGGCCACAGGACCUAAAAGAGGUGUGAUAGAGCUUGUCAUGGAGUCGGACACACUACGAAGGAUCCAGGUGUCCUAUGGCGUCACUGGUUCAUUCAAAGAUCGGCCAAUUAAAGAGUGGCUUCAAAAACACAAUCCCACAGAACUUGAAUACCAGAAGGUAGGUUACUACAAGCUGCUCAUAAAGAGGGCUCAGUGGAAUUCAAUGUAUUUCUCAAAGACACCAUUAUUAUAUUUCCCCUGUAACAU